CCUACAAAGCUCUUAAAUGGAUGUCCGAAACUUGCAUGGCUUGCGUUGAUCUUCCUUCCGGCCAAGUCGCGAUAGGUCGCAAACCCCAGUCUAGAAUCGCUGCAGUAUCCACUUUACGCCAUGUCUCUUUCGAAUCUGCCGGACCCUGCCACGAGGCCCCCUACAAUCUGUGACGGCUCCGUAUGUAAAGGUCUAGUGGAAAUCGGCAGAAAUGCGGUGAUACAUCCGAAGUGUCGGCUGAUAAACGAAGCGUCUGGGAGCAUUGUCCUUGGAAACGGGACCAUAAUCGAGGAGAAUGUGCAGAUUGUCAACAAAACGGCAAACCCUCUUCUUAUUGGCGACAACAACAUAAUAGAGGUCGGAGCCUAUAUAGAAUCAGCACAGAUAGGAAACGGGUGUACAAUAGAGAUUGGGGCCCGGGUCCAAAGAGGCACAAUCAUAGGGGACAACUGCGUAAUAGGCGUCAAAUGCAUGACAUUCCCAAAUCAAGUCAUUCCGGAUGAUACUGUGAUAUUCGGAGGCCAGCUGGCGACGAGGAAGAUGACGAAAUCAAAUAAGAUGCAAGCCAGUUUGCAUGCUAAGCAUUUGGAAUAUUUGCAUGAGACGAUGCCGAAAUAUCAUCAUGUCAAGGAUGAGACGGGAUAAGUGGGCAGGUCAUGAUACCUGCCCAACAAUGUAAAGACUGUCAAACGAUCCUCCGCGGUCAAGGGGCCCUCGCCUAACCCCGCGUGGCCUACGGCCGGAUGUCGAGUCAGAAGCCAAAUUUAUCUAGAGACCGGACGUCAACACGAGCAGAUUCGUGGUCAUACCAGUGUGUUCUGGCGUGGAGGACCAGAUCGUCGCAUCAUUGGAGCAACCCAAGUGGCAUGAGUCAAGUGGCUCUCGUAGCCCCAUCAAACCGAUGGGAAUUGUUGCAAGCGGCG